AUGUCACCCUUAUCAAAUAAAGUUGUCAAUUUUAAUCACAACAAAUACAGUAAUGCACAUGAUGAGCCCGUGAGCAAAGAAAAUCAGAAUAAUAACCGAAAAAACAGAACUAUUUCAUGUAAUCUAAAUGUAAACUCUACAAAUUUAAGAAACAUGAAUGAAAUUUAUACAAAAAUUAUAUACAGUAUAACCACUAACUACACGCAUAAUUUCAUCUAUUUUACAUUCAAAAUACAUACACAUUUAAUAAAUUCAACUUUGCAAGAUUUUCAUUAUCAUAAUGAUUCAAAAGAUGGCCAUAAUAUGGUAAAACGUUAUUCUUCAUCAUUACCAAUAACAAUUUUAUCAUUUCAAAAACCACAACAAGAACAAGAACAAGAACAGGAACAGGAACAGGAACAGGAACAGGAACAGGAACAGGAACAGGAACAGGAACAGGAACAGGAACAGGAACAGGAACAGGAACAGGAACAGGAACAGGAACAGGAACAGGAACACGAACAGGAACAGGAACAGGAACAGGAACAGGAACAGGAACAAGAACAAGAACAAGAACAAGAACAAGAACUAGAACAAGAAAAUGAACCAGAAUUUAGCUUCGUCUAUCGAAACAACUAUCUACAACAACAACUCAGUUUCAACUAUACUAACUUGGCUCAUAUUAAAAAUAAUAGUAAUGACGUUUAUUAUGAAGAUAUGCUAAGACUUGAAUCUAUUAAGCUUGAAAUACUAAAAAAACUUGGUUUAGAAAAACGACCAAUGAUACUGCAGCGAAUUCCAAAGCAGUUUAUUAUGGAAACUGUUAAUCGUAUUGAUGGUGGACACUUUUUCCGAAAUUCGUAUUAUGAACCAAGUGGCAAUGAAAACCAUACUAAUAAUAACAAUAAUAAAAAUACAAAUUAUAAAGACAAUAGUAAUAAUAACAAUAACAGUUUUAACAAAGGAAAUGAUAAUAAUAACAAAAGUAAUAUAUAUAUAAAAUACAAUAAUACAAAAAGAUCAUAUCAAAAAGAAGAAAGUCAACGAAAGAAACAAAAUUAUUACAAUCUAAUUAUCAAUAAUCACAGAAAUAAUAUUUUAUAUAAAACUAAUAAUAAUGAAAAGAGUAACGAUGAUAAUUAUAAAAGCAGCAGUUAUUAUAAUAAUCAGCUUCGUAACGAAUUUGGAAGUGAUGAAUCUUAUGAAACAGCAAAAGAAUUCCUAAUAUUUGCUGAAAAAGGAAAAGUGUAUAACGGACAACGUUUGACUGUAUUUAAUCCAGCAAGUUUAUUAAAGAGUAACUUAUUUAUUAAAAAUGCUAAAGUUCAUGUUAAAAUAGGAAAACUAGAACACCAUCUGCGAAAACAUCACGAAUUUGAUAAACACAAAAAGAAUAAUAUAAAUAAUGUACCAAAAUUAAAAUUUUCGCAGCAAGCUAAUACUAGUUUAACAUUAUGGGUGUUCCGCUUCAAAGGAACUAGUUUUAGAUAUAGUGUAAGUUUAUUCUGUAGCAAUAAAAACCAGUUUUUAAUUAUCAAAUAUUCUAUUAAAAAAUGUCGGAGGUCCAUACAAACAAUCAUAUAAAAGUUUCAUUUUGAAUUAAAAUUAAGAAUUAGGGUAUAUAUGAUAAACAUUAUUUAAAAAUUGGUAUUAAGAUAAGCAAUACAGAUAAGUACAUAUGUUGCUAAUUCGAAAAAAAGUUUUAUCCACGAAAAAAAUUUACAUAGGAAUUGCAAAGUUUUCAAAUACAUCAUUUGCAUAAAAUUUGAGUUCAUUCUAAACGGCAGUUGCGCUGCUUUUAGUGAAAUCAGAUUUUAGUUACAAAUUAUAAUACGUUAUAACGAUGACCUUUUCAAAUUGAGGCAAAAAAAAAAAUUCAUAUUCAUUUUGAGUCACCUCACGCCACAGGAAAAUGGAUUAUUUCCAAAACUACUGUAUCUCUCUGAGACAUGUUUACCUUGUAUUUAUUAAGAAAAACCUGAUUGGAAUGUUAUUGCUUAAAAACAUAAAUUUGCAUGCAAUAACGGUUGUUACACAAACACUCUACAUUUCACGCUUUGAGUUUUCGGGAAAAAUGUGUUUCUCCUUGAUAAAGAAACUUAAGUAAUUAAGUUUUAGAGAAUUGUAUAUGUGUCUAUCUAUUAACAGCCGUGUUACCUCAAAUUCAGUGCAAUUAGUUUUCACAAAUCUAUAUCUGAGUUAACUUAAGAUGGAAUUCAUAUAUACAUAUAUUCGAUUUUACUUGAAGACUUGAAGGGAUGAUUUAAUAAAUUAUUGGAAUGUAUGAGGUUUCAACCGAUUUCUUACUACCUUAUUUUCUUUAUUUAAAAUAUAACAUCUGUCUAACAACAAACGAAGUCACUUAACUUCUUGAUUAAUUCAGUUAUGUGUAAGUUGACUUUAAUUACGACCCUUAUUUAACAUACAUUUUUGCUCAUAUAUAAAAAACAACUCAACUAGAAAUCUUAAAAUUUAACAUUUCAGAUCUGAUUUUUCAAACAAUGAACAAGCACAUUUUUCAAAAAAUUUUGGAUUCCAAUUCGGCCUCAAUAAAAAUAUAUUAAAGAAAAUGUGGCUGAGAUUUCCUUGGGAUUAAACGUUUCGGAAAUUACAGUUGACCUUCUUGUAAAUCCAAUGGUAUUAUUGUAUCCUUCCAAUGAUUCAAUUUUCCUCGUUUGGAGUACUACUACUGGAAUACUCAACACAAUAAAAUAAAUCGGCACUCAGUGAAAACAUAUUUUCAUUCGUUUCAUAAAUUAAAAAUGUCAAAAUAUCAAUUAAACCUCAAAUUUUUCAAAAAUGUGUUUGCUGUUACAACCUACAUUAUUAACUUUGCUUAGUUUUUUGAUAGCUUCAAAUGUCAUGUUUUGAAAACCUUGAUGGCAACGAUUUUUGUCUAGCAAAUUUAGUUGUUGGCAAGCCAUAAUAUCAUUUCGGCGAACAUUCGAGUAAGGUAUUCAUUUCGAGUUCAUAUUCGCUUCGCGAAUCAUAAUAACACUAUAAAUCAUAAUUAUUUAAAUGUUUAAAAAUCUAAAUUUGUAUAUAUUUUAACAUCACCAUUGAUCCAAUCGAUGAGAGUUUUAUCUGGUGAAAUUA